AUGGCAUUACCACCCGCACUUUUACAUGGCACUAGUCCCCAAGAACUCGAGUUUGCCGCCUCGGAGGAGCUUGUCUCGAUUGUUCCAACUAUUUCAAUGGAAAGGAUACGAUUGAUGUCGGGUGUUUAUGGGCCAUUCAGGCCUCCAGCACGCACGAAAAUACCUCUUUGGUUCGCCGCAAACCUCAAGCUGAAACGAAAAUGUUACAUUGUUCCUCCCGAAUGGUUAAAUGUCGAAUGGCUUCAAGAGAAACUAAGAGAAGAAACAACUCAAGACAGUUUCAGCAAGAUGCCAUUCCGGUAUCUUGAAAUAUCCAAGAUACUUCUAGAUGUGGCAUACGAGGACAUUCCCGGUUCCGAAAGGGUACGAAAUCUUCUCAAAGAUAUCCGAGAAGCCAGGCAAGCGAAAUUCCGUGUUGGCUUGGGGGAACUGGAUCAUAUUCAAUUAUCGUUCCCCAACAUCUGUGCUAUGGAAAUCAACGAACUUCGUCCGCUCUUUAUCAAGGCGAUGGAAAUCAAGGGCAAGCUAUUUGCUGCACCCCUAGAGGGCGAUGCUACGAUGGCAGGCACAGCAGACGCCACGUUCGGCAGUGGUUGGGCGGAUAGCACCUUCGACAUGGAUACUAGUUAG